AUGUCGGACCAGUCGGCGUUUGACACGGACGUAUGGACCCUGACCCGGUUCAUCAUCGAGACCGGCCGCCAGGCUAAGGGGGCGACUGGUGAGCUGACCCAGCUCAUUAACGCCAUGCUGACUGCAAUCAAAGCCAUUUCCUCUGCUGUGCGCAAGGCAGGCCUGGCCCACCUGCAGGGCUUGGCGGGCUCAGUGAAUGUGACAGGGGACGACGUGAAGAAGCUGGACGUCCUGUCAAACGACCUGGUCAUCAACAUGCUGCAGGCCUCCUACAGCACCUGCUGCAUGGUGUCCGAGGAGAACAAGGAGCUCAUCAUCACUCCCAAAGACAAGAGGGGAAAGUACGUGGUCUGUUUCGACCCUCUGGAUGGCUCCAGCAACAUCGACUGCUUGGCCUCGAUCGGCACCAUAUUUGCCAUCUACAAACGGGUAUCGGAGGGGGAGCCUACAGAGAAAGAUGCCCUGCAGCAGGGAAACAACAUUGUUUGUGCAGGCUACACCCUGUACGGCAGUGCCACCCUGGUGGCCCUCAGCACCGGCGCUGGCCUCAACUUCUUUAUGUUGGACCCUGCCAUCGGUGAGUUCAUCCUGACUGAGAGGAAUGUGAAGAUCAAGCCGAAGGGAAAGAUCUACAGUCUUAACGAGGGCUACGCCAAGUACUUCCACCCCUCCAUCAACGAAUACCUCAAGCACAAGAAAUACCCAGAGGAUGGCAGCUCUCCUUACGGAGCUCGUUAUGUGGGCUCUAUGGUCUCAGAUGUUCACCGCACCAUUGCCUACGGAGGGAUCUUCAUGUACCCCGCCAAUGAGAAGAGCCCCAAGGGAAAGCUGCGCUUGUUGUACGAGUGCAACCCCAUCGCUUUCCUCAUCGAGCAGGCGGGAGGCCUCGCCACCACCGGCACUCAGAGGGUACUGGACGUACAGCCCGAAACGCUCCACCAGCGGGUGCCCUUCGUAGUCGGCUCCACUGAUGACGUCAACGAGUACCUGUCCUUUGUCAAGAAGUACCAGUAAAGCUGCAACAGUUAAACAACACGUUUCAAUUUUCCCAAUAGUUUUAUGAAAGAGGACAGAAAGAGGUUUCCUAAGAUUUUGCAUGAUAAUGAUUG